AUGGAUAUGAAAAAAGUGCCGAAGGAGGUUAUGAUGCGUGGCAGAGGCCUGCAAAUGAUUAUCGUCAGCAUUCCUCUCAUCAUAUUCCCAGGUUUGGAACUUUACAGGAGAUACUUCCAAGGAGGCGAGAGGAAAAUCCAGGUUGGUGAAUAUAAUCCCAGAACUGGUGUUAUAAGGGAAUUUGACGAAGAGGAGAAAAUGGCAGUUCACAAGAGUAGGUGGAUAACCAGAAUCUUUGGUGAUAAAUGA